AUGUUGGGAAGCACACUUAUUAUCCACGCUGAGAAGGACCGUAAGUUAAUAGAGCGUAACCUGAACCGGGCGAUUAUUUCAAAGACCGGACACGAAUUGGCAAAUGUCACAACAGCGGCGAUGCUUGCUAUCCAUGGUGACACCCUACUCGAAAUCCUUUACGAGGAAUUGCUGGGUUAUCAUGACACUUUGGCAAAACGGGCAGGUCGGCUCGCGAAUGCCCCUCAAAAAGGGAAGAAGCGAAAGCGUGGGCAAGCACAAAGUAACGGUGCCGCGAACACCGAGACGAUUGAGGCGGAACAGAAAAAAGUUGAGGAACUCAUGACUUUCCUCAGACCCUACCGGCAAGAAGAAGUUAUCACCACUUUAGCGACAGCCGGUAUCGAUCCGCGUGCUAUUAACCUUGAAGAGAUCCGGAAGCAGCAGGUCCUCGGUUUCGAUGUAAGUGAUUUACCCGCAAUAGACGAAACAUGGCUCGGUGAUAGUAAGAGCGUUGAAGAUUAUCCAAAUUUGCGGGUGUUCCUCCUGCAAAAUGAGCUUCCGAUAUCGACGACCGGCAGGUUGCUUAUGAAAUUGCGGCAGCAAUUUCCGGAUGAACUCUUCAAUCACGUGUUAGGACUCAUCCAAGAGGUUAAAGCACUUCAGGGCGAUGAUUUUAAGGGGGAUCUGCUCAAUCAGUUUGUCACCUAUAUCUCCGAGAAAGUGUGGCGAUGGGAACUAACGCAGAUUACGGAAGCCGAACUCCCGCUCUUGUUGAAGGAAAAAGUGCUUGCAUCGGCGAUCUGCUAUGAAAAAGAGGUUGAUACCUUGCUCGAAUACGUUGAGCGUUACGAUGAACUGGUAUCUACGAAACUGGCAGUAGGUUCAGAAAUGGACAACCACCGUCAAUAUAUUGAGGAACAAUUUCAGGCAAUCGUUGAAACCCUUUUAGUAAAAUCGGAAUUGUUAGUACAAGACUUUGUGCAGUUAGCCGUCUUGACUGCCUGGGGCUUGUCUCAAUCGGAGGUGGCGCGUGAAGUUGCCUUUGUGUCGGAUGCAGCGUCAAACAAAAAUAGGUUUGUUCAUCCAAAAGAGGGCACACCGGGAAACCUCCGAGACCUUGUGGAAGCAAACGCUUUAAGUACAAGUGACACCGCGAUUUCUUCCUACGAUUCGUUAGACGGAUUGGCGAAUGCAGACGUGGUUGUUCUGUUGCCACCGGUAGGUCAAUCUGUUUUUCGGUCUCCUCAAGCCUCGAAGACGACAGGUAUCGCGCUCGUUCGGAGGUUUGUAACCGGAAUCCAGCAGUAUGCAUCGGAUGCGAAAAUUCUGGUGGCAAUAUCACCCACAAAUUACAUCUCCGCAUGGAUACAUCAGACGCUCGAUGGAAGACAAAUUAUCGGGCUCGGAAACGGGGCUGCUACGGCACACUUAGCCUCUGAAAUUGCAAAACGUGUUGAUGUUUCCGUGAAAGACGUGACGGCUCUGGCGAUCGGAAGUGACCAACAGAGGUACCCGCUUCCACAGUACUGCCGAGUGAACGGUAUUCCGCUCGUUCAACUGAUGUCCGAAACUGACAUUGAAAGUCUCUCGGGGACAACAUCGGUUUACCUGAAUGUUCCAGCACAGCUCGGAUACGAUGGUGUCGCUUCUAUUGUCCCACUUGAGUUGACGGAGCAACAACAACUAAUUGAGUCUGCUCAAGUCGGUGCAUACUGCACUGUUGUAGAGACGAAAGGCUCAACACCACAAAAACCCGGCUCAAAGCUCUUGAUUCUCCCGGAUUUGCGGAACAUUGGGACGCUCGGGGGUGGGUGUGUUGAAGCCGAAGCGCGGCGACAGGCGAUCGGGCUAAUGCAAGGCGGUGUGCCGCGGCUGCUUGAGUUUCAAUUAGAUAGCGAUUACGGUUGGGACGAUGGGCUCAUCUGCGGUGGGAAUAUGAAAAUCUUUAUUGAUCUGCCGAAGACCUCCGCUGAAGCUGAGAUGUUUGAGAGACUCCAAGCGUUGAACGCGGAAAAAGUCCCACUCGUCUGGGCUACAGUUGUAACGAGUGAAAAGCAGGGCGUUGAUGUUGGCAUGAAGAUGAUCUUUGCUAACACGGGUGAACAUAUCGGCACGUUAGGUGAUCCGGUUUUGGAAGCGGCAGUGGAAGAGGAGACUGCGAAGGUACUUGAGCGGAACAGUGCUGGCUUGUUUCAGGAGAACGAAACGGCUUCGGUCUUCUUAGAGCCGCUACAGCCGAGACCGACGUUGCUUAUCGCAGGGGCAGGACAUGUCGGUCAGGCACUCUGUCAUCUGGGGAGCUGGUUGGAUUUCGACAUUGUUAUUGUUGAUGACCGCGCCGACUUUGCCUCCGCUGAGCGGUUGCCGGAGGCGGACAAAAUUAUCAUCGGCGAUAUCGAAACGGAACUCCGAAAAUAUCCGAUCACCCCACUGACAUACGUUGUGAUUGUCACCCGUGGGCAUCAGCACGAUGAAUCGGCACUCCAUAGUGUUGUUGAAUCGGAUGCCCUGUUACAUCGGCUUAAUCGGCAGUCGUCGCAAGAUUAA